AUGAAUGCAUGGUCUGAUGUCGAUCUUGGAAAUGUGAUCCUGCAGCGAAGGAAUGACUUUGAACAAGCCCCUAUUGUCGGAAAGAUUCUGGGUUUCUUGGGCCCUAAUGUAUUCGCGACCAAUGGCGAUGAAUGGAAACGUCACCGUCGCAUGUUUGCUGCGAGUCUAGACGAGCGCAUCAGCCGAAUCGCCUGGUCGGAGAGUCGCGAACAAGCCCAAUCGAUGUUAAAUUAUCUAUCUGACCACCCAGGAGGGGAUACACUUACCGGAUUGCGCAACCUGGCAAUCAAUGUCAUCGGCCAGGCAGGGUACACGAAAACUACCCCGUGGUCGCCGGCACCACUUCGAGACAGCGCCGACAGGGAAGAGCACGCUCGUACGGCCUACUUCAAAGCCCUCGCGCUGGCAACCGAUAUGUUCCUCGUGGCCGCCUUCAUCCCCCCAAAGCUCCUUAAACUAUCCUUCAUGCAGGCCCGACUGCGUCUUCUAGGCCAACGUCUCGAGAGAGUCCCGCAGUACAUCGCCGAUAUUUCCGAAGAGGAGCGCCAGACGGCAAGGGAUGAUUCCGCGGGGCGCAGCAAUUUCCUACGCUUUUUCCUGCAGAACUCGGACACUGACGCGACCUCAGGGUUUGCCUUCACGCCGGAAGAGCUCAGUGGGAACCUUUAUGUCUUCACCGUUGCGGGCUACGAGACGACCGGCCAACACCGUGGGGAGUGGAUCCGCGACGAGCUGCGUGAGCUCCCCAUAGACUCGUCAACCUGGUCCUACGAUGAUGUGUUCCCCAAGUGCCAACGGACAUUGGGGCUCAUGUUCGAGAUCCUCCGCCUUUUCACCCCCGUCCUGCAUUCGACCCGCGCAGUGUCUGGACCUCAACAGCUCGUCAGCGAAAAGGGCACGCAUUUCCUUGCGCCCCCGAUGAACGUCAUGGUGUCUGCGGCGGCUAUUCAUCUUGACAAGACAAUUUGGGGAGAGGAUGCCACAGAUUUCAGACCCUCGCGCUGGAUCGAUGACACCGGCAAAGUGAGGUCCCCGCCGAAGGGGACAUUUCUGCCGUGGUCUGGCGGCCCCCGGAUCUGUCCGGGGAUGAAGAUGUCCCAGGUGGAGUUUGUCUCCACCAUGGCCACCCUGUUUCGGUUCGCGCGGUGCGAGCCGAUCCCCGUCGACGGGAUCACGCAGCCCGAAGAGCUGCGGCGGAGGUUGGUGUGGUUAUCGGAGAAUGCGAUAACAAAGUCGACGAUGCAGGUGAAGGAUCACAAGGCUGUGCAGUUGCGGUGGGUGCGGGAUGUAUAA